AGGGUGCGUUUCAGUCUGCGAAUACGUUUAUGGGCUGUAGCACAAGCUCUGAUACGCGGAAUUGGGUAGAAUUUUUCAUUCGCCAGAUUCUGAGUAGUGAAUUCAUUUCAGACUGUUUAUCGCGACAUACAAGUCAUUGUUGCUCUCUGUAACAAAUAGGGCAUUGAAUACAGACCCAGAAUUGUGCGGUAUGGAAACUGAAAAAAUAGGCGUAUAUUAUUGUCAGACAGCGUGAAAUUUUUGUUAUCAUUUUAACGAUCGUACAAAGCACAUAAAGUUAUUUCGUACCCACCAGUAGCAGGUUUCAAAAUUAUGUGGCCCACUUGGAUAUAAUUACGAUUUAAGUGUUGGUUCUUGUGUGCAUUCGGAUGUCAGUGUUUUUUUGGCGUGGCAUGCUAUGACCGGAGUCAGUGCUGGUGCUUAUCGGAAAACGCGAGAGGAAAAAUGUUUCUUUUUGCAACAGCCCGUGGCAGUGGCAAGCACCAGUAAUCAGUUCAGUCGAGAUGAGAGAGUAAUGCAUGAAAAAUCGUCGUGGCUCGGAUUGGUCAUAGCAAUAAUGUUUCCUGUAAUAUAGUGUAAUUAAUCAUGGGGCUAUUAGUACUAACGCUAGUCAAGGACGACAAAGAAGUAGUCGCUAGAGAACAUUAGUGAAAACGUUGUUUGUGCUCGUUUCCGGUGCCACCGUGGAGCAUUUGACAACAAGUUACAUAAGUUUAGUGCAACAACGGAAUGUCAAAGGAUACACCUGAGAGCCCAUAUUUGAUAAUGCUGGAAAUUGAUUACCUCACAGAAUCGGAUUGAAGUAACAAUGAUUCUGAAUCCCAAACAAACAUUCGAAUCCAUGAAAUCGCAGAACAUCUACAAAUUUCACUGAUAAAUCGUAUCCCUGCGCGAAAAGCGGGGGAUUUAAGACUGAGCAUAGUCAAACAUUGAAAUGCAUCAUCGAUCAUGAGAUUCCCCAAAAUAUCACCGAAAAAGUGUUUUUUCCUUGUUUUGUGUUUCGCCGUUCUUGUUUUACUAGUAUUCAACUUGAGAGAUAGAGAGGUUAGCAGUAAGACUACUCGUCCCAUCUACAAUCGGGAUGAGUUCCAAGCAGAGUAUAGUAAUCAAGAUAGUAGCAAGGAUGAGCUGCCUUUCGCAACGGACGACAACGGGUUGGAUCGGUUGAGAAAGGAUGACACCGAUGCUCGCUACCAGUUGGACGAUCUGUCACCGCACAGUCUAAGUGAGUUGAGUUUCGGCGAGCGGCCAUGGUACUUUUCCAACGGAGUUCGCUAUCCGAAACCGGUCCGAUGGAAUCGGAAAACCAACAAACGCAUCGCUCGAUUGCUACCAUCGGAAACACAGCGUGGUGACCGGAUCACCAACCAGCUGAUGUUUGUUCCACCGAACUACGAGGCCAUCAAGAGAAAGGGCAAGUUGAAAACCAUCCUACUCUACAACGGACUAGGACCGUGGAACGUGAAAGCCGGUCGUGAUGUGUUCCUCAACUCCAAAUGUCCGGUGUCGACGUGCAGCAUAUCGGCUGCCCGGGAAAAAGCUGCCAUGGCCGAUCUGAUCCUGUUCAAAGAUCACUACAUUCCACCGGCCGUUCCACGACCCGCUCGACAGAUCUACAUGAUGUACUUCCUGGAGUGCCCAUACCACACGCAACAUGUCAAAUUCCCGGAUGUGUUCAACUGGACAGCCACAUACAGAAAAGACAGUGACGUAGUGGCACCCUACGAAAAAUGGGAAUACUUUGAUCCGCGAAUCCGACAAGUUGAGCAAGAUCGCAACUACGCCUUGAACAAAACGCGCAAAGUGGCAUGGUUCGUAUCCAACUGUGGUGCUCGAAACGGCCGACUACAGUAUGCGCAUGAGCUGCAAAAACAUAUUCAGGUGGACAUUUACGGUGCUUGCGGUACGUACAAAUGCUCCCGGUCGACGGCGGAAAAGUGCUUCGAAAUAUUGGAUCGAGAUUACAAGUUUUACCUGGCAUUCGAAAACUCAAACUGUAGGGACUACAUCACAGAGAAGUUUUUCGUGAACGCACUGAACCGGAACAUUCUACCGAUCGUUAUGGGUGCCCGCCCGGAGGACUACGAAGCUAGUUCACCUCAGAAAUCCUACAUUCACGUGGACGAGUUUGCUUCGCCGAGAGAAUUGGCGGAAUAUCUCAACAUUCUGGAUAGGAACGAAGAGCUGUACAACUCAUAUUUUAAGUGGAAAGGCACAGGAGAAUUUAUUAAUACGUAUUUCUGGUGCCGAAUAUGUGCCAUGCUGCACGAUGAAGCGUCCUUCCAGAAACCAAAAUGGUACGAGGACAUCAACGACUGGUGGCGCGGGCCGGGUGUCUGUACUAACGGAUCCUGGCGAAACUUUCGGGCUCGAAAGGAUGCCAUCAGCGAAGAGUGACAAAAUCCAUUACACAAUAAUUUAGAUCGCCGUAAAACUGGACUGAUUUCAGAGAUGCUGCGAAAAGAACGAGCUCAACGUGCGACGAAUCGGUCUCGAACAAUAAAUUAGACAGUUGCCGAAAAUAUUCUAAAACGGAAAUCAAGUCUAGUCUUGUUUUGAAAUAGGACAGAGAUCUAGGCAGGGGAGGCAAAGCUACUAGAAAAUUAGUGUUUCUCUGAAAGGUACAUGAACUUCAAUUAACUUUACAGAUUCUUAUAGUUUGUUGAACACUCUGUACCAGAACCAUGGGAAGCUAUCUUGUCCAACUUUACAAUGGCAAAAAGAUAAUAGAAUCUUAGACAAACAUUAAUGAAAGUAUUUCGUCGCUAGAAAAAAUGCCUAAGUUUAACAAAGUCUGCGAUGAUAUGAGAGGGAAUGGAGAGAGAAUUUCCUUCCGGGUGCAAUCAAGGCGAGAAAAGUACUAAAACCAAGACUAAUGACAGAACAUUCGAUUCAUAACAUUACCCACUCAUUUGUGAUUUUAGUUAUAUUAGGUUAGUUGUUGUCCAUAAUUAAAUUUUACGUUCCACUAAGUCACAUUACUGAGUAGUCGAACAAGCAAAACACACUAUUUCAUCAGUAUUAUUCACAUAAUUUUAGUCUAUAACGAAAAUGGAAACAAUACCAAAUAAAACCGCAAGUGAUAAUGCUAUACCAGAGAAAAAUCGCUCAUUCAACAUUUUACUAUUACAACUACUGCAACUACUACACUACUAUUACUAAUAUUGCAUCAAUUUAGUUAGAUUCAACUGACAACUUAGUUAAAAUUAUACUUACAAAUAUCAAACUCCGUGUAACAAAAACAAUAAAUUUAUUGUAUUACUAAAGUGCGUUCUAAAUCAAAUUAAGACGCGCACGUAUGCUUCGUUCGAGUAGCAAAUAAAUCAAUUAUUUUUUCCUGAGAAAUGCAGAAACAAUUACUGCUGAGCGUAUGGAGGUUGUAUGGAAAUGCAGGAUAAAGUGAACUGGAGAUGGAAAAAUUUGUGCAAAUGUUGAGUUACUUCGGAACAUACCUACAGCUAAUUUCAAAGUGGUAAUAAAGUCAAAGAUAUGUGAAUCUUUUUGGUGUAGAAAUUAAAUUCAAUCAAAUCUA